GGCAACAUAGUCGCAUGUUGUAUUGUGUUUGUGUACAUGACCGCAUGUGCGUUACGGUUAGAACGCUAGUUUUCAAGUCAAAUUGUCUAAAUUGUAGCUCAAUUUUAGCUUUUGGUCACGAUUAUAGCGACUGCUCUGUGUUUUAUCGUAAAAAUAAUCCUAUCCAAUGAGCAUUGUGUAAUAGUGUCUCUCUGGUAUUAAACUCAGGAAAUCAUCUUUGAAAAUGUCUCCGCCAAAUCAAAGAACGACAAGCUUCUGAUUCUAAAGAAAGAGAUGAGAUCAGUCUCAUCAUAAUAAUGGAAGCGGAAGAAAGUGUGGAGUCUCUUGAAACAGAUGAAUUAUCAAGUUACCGACAUCGAGAUUUUCUUGGUCCAGUUUGUCUGACUAACAACUUAUGGAGCUUCAAGGAGCAAAAUCUAUUCUGCGAUGUUGCUAUAAGAGUUAAGGGUCAUGUUAUCAAUGCUCACAAAAUCGUCCUUGCUGCAGCUACGCCGUAUUUCAAAACUAUGUUUACUUCGGGUCUAAAAGAAUCAAUGGAAAAUGUCAUUGAAAUGCAUGAGGUUGAAUUCUCUCUAAUGCAAGACAUCAUUCAAUUUUUCUACACAGCUCAAAUUGAGCUCAACGAAACAAAUGUGUUUGAUUUUUGGAAUAUGGCAAAUUUUCUCCAGAGCACCCAUCUGAGAGGAGCUUGCAAGCAGUAUUUGUUCAAGGAGAUAAGCACUACCAAUUGUCUAGGCAUCUAUGAACAUGCCCUCUUGUACAAUGAAUUAGACUUUAGUGACUUUUGCUUUCAGUAUAUUCUAACGCAUUUUCAAGGGAUUAUUAAAACAAAUGAGUUUUGUCAUACAUCCUUCAAAACUCUUCACAAAGUGUUAAGCUCAAAGGUUGUGAAUGUUCUCCAUGAAGCAGAUCUAUAUAAGGCUAUAAAACAAUGGGUGAUGUUUGAUUACUCAAACCGCGAGGAAUUUAUUCAACCCCUCUUACAAAGGAUCAGUAUUCUAAAAAUUUUAGAUUCUGAUCUUGAGGAUCUCUUGAGAGAAAAUUCUUCCAAUGAUCUUCCUUUCCAGCAAUUCCUACUAAAUUUAAGAGAAAUUAGGCAAAAAAUUCGUUACAAUGAUGCUGAAAAUUGUGACAAAGAGAUAUUCAAAACCAUGAAGUCCACAUUUCGUUGUUGCUCAAUUAUGAACGUCAUCUUCGCGAUUGGUGGAAUGUCAGCCACAAACGUUCCGUUACGAAAUGUUGAGUGUGUCACUGUAGGAUGGGAGCAUUGGAAAUGUGUGCGCCCAACAAUAACUUUUCACAAUGGAAGACCGCAACAAGAAACCAAAGUCAUUCCUACCAUGAGCCAAGCUAGACACUAUCCUGGAAUUGCAGUGCAUGAUGACUGUCUGUAUGUCCUAGGUGGAAACAAUAAUGAUGUCCAACUAGCCUCUGUAGAAAUGUAUUCUGUAGCCUCAAAUGAAUGGCGAGAGCUUCCUCCUAUGCCAAUCACAUUGGCAGGAUGUGCAGCAACUUGUUAUAAUGGAACUGCCUAUGUUUGUGGAGGUGUGAUUGAUAUGGUUCCCAAUACUACUAGUCUUAUUUUAUCAUCAGAACUCUUGGCCUUUGAUAUUAGUAAGAAAAUUUGGACAAAAUUAGCCCCAAUGAUUCAUGCCAGGUGUUUUCAUCAGUUGGUUGUGGCAAGGAACAUGCUUUUUGCCAUUGGCGGACAAGACAUGAAUGAAGAGCCUCUUUCUAGUGUUGAAUGCUAUGACUUCGAAACAAAUUCAUGGAUAGAAGCUAUUCCAAUGCACGAGCCAAGAUCUCAUUUUGGCUGUGUUGCAUCUGAUGGAUAUAUCUAUGCUGUCGGUGGGAAAACUCAUAAAAGAAUCCUUGCAACAGUUGAAAGGUAUGAUGUCUUUUUGAACCAGUGGGUGUACAAGCGUUCGCUUUCUGUUGCUCGUUUCUCCAUGGGCGUUACGCUUUCGGGAUCUCGUGUCUAUUGUUGUGGUGGUGAAGAUGAGUUGCAUCGCACUCUGUCUACAGUUGAGAAGUACAAUAUUUUAACAGACCGAUGGCACAGUGUGCUGUCAAUGCAAUGCCCACGGUUUGGGCUUGUUGCUGCAUCAAUCUUACUUCCUGCAUUAGAUGAAGCUCCACCAUAGAGGCAGCAAAUCAUCACGAGCCUGGAAAGACCUUUUCAGGACAUGGACCAACAGAUAACAAGAUUCCGCGGAGACCAUCGAACGGAAAUUUUGAGCUUUACCGGAUCUGCCUCUUGAUGUUUCUCGUAUGGCUCGUAAGAGAACCAACCUCUGUACUUUUGCUCUAAUCUUUUACUCGAUUGGCAUAAUCGGACAACAGGUUCUUCAACUUUUUAAAUGGACAACGAUGCCCAAGUGCUCCAAGAAUGACCUAUUUCUUCAACAGGAUCAUCAUACUUGGGUUUUCUGUAAAAGUAAUUUUUUGCGAGGACAUUGUUUAUUGAGUUACCUACGAGUCUGAUACGAUUACUUUCGAACAGUGUCACGUGCUUAAGAGUUAAGCACUUAAGAGUCAAGCAAAAUUUUUGCGAACAAAAAAAUGAGCUAAAAGUUGCGAGUAAAAUUAGCUCGAGGAGUGCGUUCUUUGUGGUAACCACGUGUAUGCACUGCCAAUCAAGCUAAAACUUCGCAGAUAAUUUAUAAAAAACCAGCAAUUUAUAACAGCAAGAAAGCAAACAAACAAGUAUAAAAUAAAACAAGUAAAAAAAACUCUCAACGAUAUUUUUGAAAAAAGUAUACUAAAAAUGCGGUAGAUUUCUCGAUUAAAAAGUCCGGCACUACCCUCGUAUCGUGCUAUUCCAAAUUGCACAAAAUUUCAGAAUCAGAGCAGCAUCGUAGUACACGUAUGCGUCGUUUCUGCAAUGAUCGGCCUCUCUGUAAGAGCGUUUUCGUGUUGCGAUAAAAGGUUACCAAAUUCAAUCUAAUCUAACCGAAUCUCGUCAUAAAUGAUGCCAUUUGCUCCCUUUUUUAAAAGAGAAAUUUCAGCGAAGACUCGUGGUUUCUCAAACCUAAAAAUGAAGAAUGUACUAUUCACUUAUUUUUAUUUUAUGAACGUACUGUUCAUAUCUGAUCAGCAAGUAUCCAAACAACUUAAUCAAGUUUUUGCAUCAUUUUUCAUUAUAGAACCCAAUAUAGGUAUCGAAAUUUUCCCAAACCAAGCAGUGCGACUAUUAAAGUAACGUUCAAGCAAGGGGGAAAAAAUGCGGGCCGACGACUCAAUCGUUCAGUAAACCCAGUCAUGUUAUGCACUAGGUCUUUUUAAAGUGCCUAAGUUAAACACAAUUUGAAGUAGGACCAAGAUCAUGGUUUAAUGAUCACUCAUACUGUCCGGGGAGAUUUUACCACACCGAGGAGUACGCGCUCCAUACCCGCUUUGCGAUCCAACCCCCGAAGCGUUAUUCUGCGUUAUGUUAUUACAAUUUUGUCGUUCUAAUACCAGCCAGACUUCUCUAGCUGUUAUCAAGUGCAAAAUUUCAGGGAUGAAUCUAUCUUCAACAUUUUCAGUAAUAAAAUUUAAAGCUUCUAGGUUCUUACUUCUUGCUUCAGCAGUCCAUUCAUCUUCGGCACCUUCAUAACCGGGCUCUACGGCUUCCCAGUGCUUGCGUUUUUUAAGUGUAAGCUUAACUCUGUGGUUUCAAAUCGUAUAAUUUUCCUCGUUUAGGGGUUGGAUUCUUCUCUUUAACAAUUCUCCCGUGGUCAUUGCGAGAGUAUAUUAUUUCAAUAUCAGCCACAAUCGUCAAGUUUCGUCAAAAACUCGUCAAAAUCACGCCAGAAGCACGUGCACGGCAUUGCACAAUCUCGCACUCAAAACCCAAAAUACUUUGAAUUUCGUCACAACGUCACAUAAGAACGUACACCGGACCCAUAACCUGUUAUUCUGAAGGGAUUAACUCAUUAAGAAGUCGCGAGAUUAAUUAAACCUAAGUUUUAUUAAGAUGAAAGAUAAUUACAUAACACGGCAAAAGAUUAACGAGAUGGCCAUAACCUACAAGAUCAACAAGCAUUUAUAGGAGUGGGGAACAGCAUGAAGUGUAGCCUAAUUUUUAAAUUUUAGUUUCAAAAUUUUACAUUUUGCUGGGAGAAUACAAUGAGGUAUCUUUCCCCUUGAAAUAGCUUCACAUUAUUCUGAGCUCCAAUUGUACCAUUUGCGAGAUGACAACAUGUUUCUGAAGGCGAUCAGACCCAAGUGAAGCUUAUACAGGAAUUUACUGAAGGAUACGGCAAUAACCCUCUUAGAAAGAAACUAGAAUUGAAAAAGCAAAAAUAGGACAAUACUGUCAAAAUGUCCACAAAUUUUGAGAAGCAGACAAUAAAUGGAAUUGAUAAUAGAGGCUUAAAAAAUCAAGUUUACGUACCAAUAAUCAAAUAGAGAAUUAUAUAACUUUCAAAUUUCAAUUUAUUUGGAGCUUUGCCGAGGCAAAAAUUGUUUGCAAGUUCAUCUGUCAUCAAUUUCCUCAUUAUUGCUGCAGCUGUGCCUUUAACAUCACUCUCCGCUAAGCAUGAGAAUGACUCCUUCUGAAAAAAAAUAAAAUAAUUUUGGAACAUCAGUAAAAUGCAUUAAAUAGACUGUGGAUACAUUGCUAACAGUUAUAGUUAAGUAACACUGAGGUUAAGAGAGUGUUCCACAAAUAUUUAUCGAAUCUUUUGAGAGGAAAAGCGAAUUCAACUUAUUUUUUUUUUUAUUAUUAUUUUUUUAAUGCUUGUCUAGUGUAAGAGAUUCAAUUUAUUUUUUUAAUAAUAGAGUCAAUUUAUAGAAAAAAUCAGUUAAAAUUAUUUCAACAUUGUGGUAGGAGUCCGAGGCAAAAUAACUUGAAUGGGCUGAUCUGUAUAAUAGAGGAAUCAAUAGAAAAAGUUAUCACAGGUUUACAUUCACAUAUUUUGCCCAGAUUCUCAGAUUUCUCACUUUCAGAUAAAUUAAAGCAACACAAUUUCUAGGUUCUAUUGAUCAGAGAGUUGAGUGUUGAAAGAAAAUAGAAAAUAAGAAAAAGAGAACAA